AUGGCAUCCGGAGAUGCUGACGACGAGUCGAGCAAAACGGAACGAUUGGCCGGGUGCCUUACCGGGACGACCAGUGCUGGAUUGGUUUUUUCGUUGCAGCAGCAAACGGAUCUCUUCUGGUGUUUGUUUGCCGUCGUGUUGACCCAGAAGCAGAAAGUAGAAGCAGACAUAGUAGCAGACGUAGAAGCAGACGUAGAAGCAGAUGAAGAAGCAGAUAUAGAAACAGACGUGGAAGCAGACCCAGAGGGUGACGUAGAAACAAACGUAGAAGCAGACGUAGAAGCAUACGUAGAAGAAGACGUAGAAGUAGACGUAGAAGCAGACGCAGAAGCAGACUUAGAAGCAGACGUAGAAGCAGACGUAGAAUCUGACGUAGAAGCAGACGUAGAAGUAGACGUAAAAGCAGACAUUGAUGCAGACGUGGCAGCAGACGUAGAAGCAGACGUAGAAUCAGUCGUAGAAGCAGACGUAGAAGUAGACGUAGAAGCGGAUGUUGAAGCAAAUGUAGAAACAGUCGUAGAAAUAGACGUAGAAGCAGACGCAAAAGCAGACGUUGAUGCAGACGUAGAAGCAGACGAGGAAGCAGACGUAGAGGCAGACGUAAAAACAACUGUAGAAGCAGACGUAGAAGCGUACGUAGAAGCAUUUGUAGAUGCAGACGUAAAAGUAGACGCAUAAGCAGACGUUGAUGCAGACGUGGAAGCAGACGUGGAAGCAGACGUAGAAGCAGAUAUAGAAGCAGACAUAGAAGCAGAUGUAGAAGCAGACGUAGAAGCAGACUAAAAUGCAGACGUAGAAGCAGAUGUAGAAGCAGACGUAGAAGCAGACGUAUAA